UGAUGAUUCCGGAAAGAUAUCAAAACUGACAAAUAAUAAUAUUUCACUAAGUAGCUCAAAUUCAAAUACCAAUAGUUUUAUAAUCACAACGGUACCCACUAUCACUGGCGGUUAUGCUAUACUGAGUGUCAACUCAUCAUCAAUAAAUAAUGCUUCAACAUUAACCACACGAGGCGGAUUGUACAUAAAUGUUAUACCUUAUAAUCAGUCAACCACAACUGAUCAAGUCCUCCUAUAUCAAAUAACCCUUCCCAACAUAAUUUUUCUCGGACUUUAUUGUGAUAUAGCCCCAAACAGUAUCGGUUAUAUAUGUAUAAUUGAAGUUAAUUAUAAUUCGCAAUUGAAUUAUAUUAAAGUUCAUUUUUUAACAUCCCAAUCGGUAAUAUCGGUCAAGACAUUAUCAAGUAUUCCUGACAUAAGCGCAAUUGAUCUCGUGUCUCAAAGUAUUGGAAUGCAAGCAAUGAAAUUCGGUGGUUAUAUAUACUAUACUAUGGCUAAAAAUCUCAGUUAUUUUAUUUGGCCUUAUGAUGAAAAUGACCAAAUGUUGACGCGGCUAGGACCUUUUUAUGCAAAUAAUUUUUCCGCAAAUACUGUUUAUAAUCAUAUUAAUCAGAAUAAUCUUAAUGCCGCAGUUAGUAUUAUGAAUGAUAAUACUUAUAUAAUAGCUUCCAAUACAAAUAAUCAAA